UUGGAACAGAAGUUUUAAUUGUGGAACAGGUUACAGGUUUCGAACGUCAGACUACGAAAACGUCCCAUGUAUUUUGUCGGACAGAACUUCCAAUUGAUUUGUUACCCUUCAUUAAACUCGCAUGCUAAAAUCAGACUGCUAUUUACAAUCAACAUAAUUCCUAUCAUUUGACAUGUUCUAAGUGUCGGACUUAUUAAAAUGUCCAACAUAUUUUGUUUGUCGGACAAACAUUUUUUCAUAUAGGUAUUAUACAGUGAUGAGCGUGCUAAUAACCGGCAAAAUAGCGCAAAAGAUGGAAAACAUAUGUAUUAAACUGUGAGAUAAAAAGAAAUAAAACUAGUAAGUAGAGUUGUUACAUUUAGCGAUAGUAACAUAUAAAUUGACAUUAUAUUGAUUGUUUCCCACCUUUAGACGUAUCAGAGGAGUAUGUCAACUAAAUCUGUCACUGUGAAAGUGGCAUUUCUCAAAUUCGUUCGAUACAUCUAAAGGUGGGAAACAAUCAGUUACUAUCGCUAAAUUUAACAACUCCACUAGGUUCAUCUCUUUUUAUCUUUAUUUUUCUGAUUGUGGCCUUGGUUUAGAACUAGAACGUUUAGCCACGUAAUUGUAUAACUUAUCACUAACUCAGGUGUAAUGUGUAGUGUAGUGUGUGUGUUGAGUAAGUGUCUUGUUACUUUGCAAAGUCGACGUCAUUGUCAUUUCAAAGAGAUGCUAAUUGUAUCCGAACGUCUGCGGUCCCUCCGACGUGAUCCUAUACGCCCUGUUAUAAAUAAAUUUGAAGAACCAAUUACAUCUGCAUUCACAAAGUUUUUAACAAUUGACGCAGAAGUUAAAUCACCAAUAGAAGAUGGAGAUGAAUAUUAUGAGAAAGUAAAGCAAAUAAAAUCUAAAAAAAUUCAAGAACUGCAUCUGAAAGAUCCAAUCGACCAUGCAAUUGUUAAAGAAGAUAAAAUGAUGGGAAUGGCAACUGAAUAUCAAGUUGAAUAUCGAAGCUUAGGUAUCCAAGACAAAGAGCGAAUACUUAAAAUAAAAACUGAACAUUUCAAAUUACCAGAAAAUUGGAUCAUUCCAGAAACUACCCAAAGACGGGAACACCGCAAUCCAGUUCUGUUAAACGAAUCAGCCCUGGAUCCACCAUUAAUUAUUAUCCCUCCAGAUAGUUUGGGGCAGAAUGAAAAAAUUAACGAAAUACUGCAAGUUCGAACUGGCACUUCCACGUAUGAAGAUACAUAUAGUAAGUUUGGCGAAUUUGCUAUACGUAAUCAAAUACAUGGCAAAAUAACAUACCCAAAGUAAGGAGAGAAGAGUACUAGGACAAUAAUAUUAAAUGGGGAAUAAAGCAUAUUAAAAAAAUAAUUGU